CAAUGAACCAUGUCGUCGCUUCGGAAUAGUGAACAUUAAAAUGAAACUUACUUUUCAAAAGCUGAGCUGAGAAGAGAUCUACUUAGUUGGAAAGCUGCUGCAAGCAGGUGCAACUACUGAAGUACGUGGCCCAGUUAACUGUUUUGUAAACGUGUAGCUGAACGGCCGGCAAAUAAAAGAGUCAGCAAGUGAACGGCGCAACAUGGACUAUCAGUACUACGACGAGCCAGACUAUGCAGAUGAGGAUGAGGACGGCAGCGGCGGCAGCGACGUUGUCUACGUUGACCAAGAGUCCACGAAGCGUCAGUCCAACAAUGAUUUCGAUGACGCUGAUUUCGAGAGUGUGGCGAAUCGUUUGUGGGACAGCUACGAGCACUGCAUACUGCCCUCGCUGACCCAGGUGACAAGUUACAUUGUUCCCCUGCUGCUGGGCUGUUUGCUGUGCCGGCUGCUUAGCACGCUCUAUGCACGCCGCGCACGACUCAUGACCAGCUCCAGCUCCAGCUGCAGCUGGCAAGAGGCGAACAGUCUAAAGCUGGCGCCGCUGCACAUCAUCAAUGCGCUGUGCGGCGCUGGUGUGCUAUACGCGACACUGGGCCAGAAGAUGCUGAUCCUGCUGUUGCUUAGCGGCAUCAGCUUUGUGCUGCUGCAGCUGGUGCGCCUGGGCAAAGGGCAGCGCGGCGCCUUGGCCAUUGCUGUGCUCAGCAUUGGCAGUCAAUUCCUCUACGAGCUGGCCAUUUGGCAGAAGCGCGACGACUGGCCGCAGCUGCGCGGACUGCAGAUGGUGACCAACAUGAAGGUCAUAUCGCUGGCCUUCGACUUGACGGCGACUGGCGCGCCAGGACUACGCAUGCCGAGCAUUCCCGCCUACCUGGGCUACAUUUUAAAUCCGGCCAGCUGUGCGUUGGGGCCCUGGCUAAGCUACGCCCGCUACUUGGACUCGCUGCACAACAAGCCGCCCUUGCGGCGCAAUCUGUUCCAUAUGAUGGUCAACGUGCUGCUCAGCCUGGUGGCGCUGGUCAUCUCCAAUUGCAUUGCGCCCGCCCUGGGCGAGUUGCAUGUGGCGGAGGAGGAGUACACGACGCGCCACAGUGCCGUCUCACACUGGCUGCUCAUGUACACGGGCGCGAUGAGCGUGCGGAACAGCCACUAUUUUGUGAGCUUUCUCAGCCAAGCGCAGCUGGCGGCAGCCGGUCAGCAGCUGGACACAACAACGACGGCGCACAGCAGCUCCAAGGAGCUGCUCGGUGAGCUGGUCGUGCGUCCGUGGAACAUUGAAUGGCCGCGCUCCCUGAGUGCCCUGGUGCGCUGCUGGAAUGUGCCCAUGCACGAGUGGCUCAAGCGCUACGUGUACUCGACAUCCAAGCUGGAGCAGGGCUCCCGCCAAAACACCAUAGUGGCCGUCUUCUGCACAUACGUGGUGUCGUCACUGCUGCACGGCAUGGACUUCCGCAUCUAUCUGGUGCUACUCUCGCUGGCCACCUUUGCCGAGGGCGAGACAAUGUUGCGUCGUCAUCUGGCCAGGCUUUUCAAUGCCUGCGUCGCUGCCAAUCCCUGCCCCGGCGCCGAACGCUGUCGCUAUGCCCACUGCCCGCAGCAACGUGGCUGGCUCUGUUUGAGCUCCUGGCUGGUUGGGCUUACCAAUUUGGCCUUUACACUACUCGCAAUAUUCCAUCUGGCCUAUCUGGGCGUCGUGCUGCUGAACGAGACUCUCGUCAUGGAAUCGGAGAACGAGCUGCCCUUCCUCUUCCACUGGUCAUCGGCGGGCUAUCUCAGCCACUACGUUGGCAUCGGCAUGUUUGUGCUGUAUUUGUUCAUAUCGUAAACUGGACCCAGUCCAUUUAAAGACUGCCUGAGAGAGACUGCAUCCCCCCUUGCUCCUCGCUCCCGACGCUGUCCACUGUCUGCACUGGCAGCUGCUCCAUGUGAUUACACUAUUAACAUAUAUAUGUAUAUAUUAACAUAUAUAUAUAUAUAUAUGUAUGUAUAUAUAAAAAUGCAUCCGCUCCAGUCGCACACGGUUUCUGUGUGGCUUUUUGUGGAGCUGGCAAUAGGAAAAACGGAACUGAUUUAACAACUGUGAAUCUCUUUAUAAACUGUAUUUGUAUUUUUAACACGUAGUUGUGACCAAUUGGCUAUUAUUUAUACACAUAUAUGUAACAUUUGUAUGUCUGAGCGUCUGUACUUAAUAAAUGUAAACUACACGUUUUUAUAUACAUAUAUAAA